UGCCCGGCUGCUGGAGCCAACUUCUUCAGCAAUCUUGAUGAGCGUCUUCCUUUGAUUGAAGGAGUUUUCAGGUUCAACAGCAACUGGCUUUCUGGUGGUGUGAAUGGAGGAAGCAUUCCAUGCUUUCGAGAUUGUGCAGGUGGAAGCAAUGAUUCGCCAGCAGUCGUGGUAUUUGCUGGAAGACUGACAGCGUUAAGCUCGUUUGGUGUGCAUGGUGGCAGUGGAAUAAGAAAAUUGGACAGAGCCGAUGCAGCAGACCACACUCGAGCAUAAAGAGGAAGACGCAUAUCAAAAUGAGCUGGGAGUAGAACAUUUCUAGCGGCAACGAAAUUUUCAGGUGUAGCCGGUGGGGUCAGCAACGGCAUUGUAGGCCCGUUACCACAGAAUGGUAUGGAAGGUGUCUCCGUUGGUGGCGUAAAGACAUCAGUCGCUGGAGCAACAGGUGGCGGCGGAAUAUUUGCUGUUCUAAUCGUUUCUGUUUCAGCACUCAACGAAGUCGCACAGAAGCCUAAGGGCGGAACAGCCAGUCCAUUCUGUGGUGUCACACUACUGUGCAGUUGUUUUUGA